UUCUUUAUCCACCUCUUUCGGGCCUCUUUUUCUUCCCUGCUCGCCCACUUGGGCUCCCUUCCGCUUCCUUUUUAUUUUACCUUCCUCGUUUCCGCACUUCGAUUCUCCCCCUCCCCCACCGCCUCGUGUGCUUCCGCCCGCAGCUUUCUCCUCCGCCUCCUCGUACGCGAUCGGAAUAGGCGGAAUCGAUGGGGAAGUAUAUGAGGAAGGCCAAGGUCUCAGGCGAGGUCGCCGUCAUGGAGGUCACGCACCAGUCCGCCCUCGGCGUCCGCACCCGCGCGAGGGCCCUCGCGGCCGCAGUGGCCAAGGACUCCUCCUGCGAUUACCUCGUGCUCCGGAGCCGCCGCCUCGAGAAACCUCUCCCGCCGCUCCCGGCCUGCAAGGACUCCGCCAAGGCCAGCGCUGGGCCCUGUCUGAGACCGAGUUCGGGUUCGGCGGGGACGGGGAGGUGCUCGGUUGCUGAGGCGCCGCCGGAUGCGGAAGCGUCGUUCGGGGAGAAUGUUCUCGAGGCUGAAGCGAGAGAUAGGCAUGACAGGGAAACUACACCGUGCAGUCUGAUUAGAAAUCCAGAAGCAAUCCAGACUCCAUGUUCCACCAAUAGACGAACCAAUUCUAGAGGAACUAACAGAAGAACUGAAACCUUUCAUCAGAACAUACCUACUACUCAAGAGAUGGAGGAGUUUUUUUCCAGGGCAGAGCAACUCCAGUGCCAAAUAUUCGUAGAAAGGUACAACUUCGAUCCUGUUGAUGAUCACCCACUUCCUGGAAGGUACAAAUGGGUGAAAGUAGACCUCUAAUUCACAGAUCUGAAGCUAGGCAACCACUUAUCCACCUGUGUUUUUGUCUUUCUAUGAUCGCUGCCCAGGGUUUUCACUGAUGGCAGCGUUGCAGUUACCAUCUGUCAUGUCGUAAAAGGUCAAAGGUCCCAGGGAUUAGUUAGUUAGUUAGUCAGUUUAAUGUUAUGUAACGUAUAGAGCAGAUGAAGCACUCCUAUAAAGUGUAGUUAGUUUCAUUGCAACUUGUUCCAACUAUAUGUGAGUUUCGCACGAAUCAA